ACCCAGUGGAGAUGGAAUAUCAGGAGGCCGUCAGUAAAAGCACCUUCCAGCAGCUGGUGACAGAGCUGGAGCCUUCCACCAGCUACAGUUUCUACAUCAAAGCCUACACUUCCCGUGGGGCCAGCAAGGCCUCUGACAUUGUGGUGGUGAGCACCUUGGGAGAAGUACCGGCAGUGCCCUCCCUCUUCAUUAAAGUCCUCAACAGCACUGCCGUUCAAGCCACGUGGGAACCUUCCAUCAAACUGGGCCAACAUGAAGGGUUCAAACUCUUCUACCGCAAAGUCCAUCUUCCUCACUUCACGGGACCCAUACUUCUGCCCAGCAACAUCACCUCGUGCAACCUCACACAUCUUGAUCCAUCCGUUGUGUACGAAGUCAAACUGCUUGCUUACAACCAACAUGGUGAUGGGAACUCCACCGUCCGUUUCGUGUCCCUUCGAGAAACUGUUGAAAAAACAGACCUCAAUCCACCCUGCAACUGCAUGAAGGAUGAGUCAGCCAACAAGACCUCAGCUACUGGGAUCAUCAUUGGAAUCCACAUUGGGGUCACCUGUAUCAUCUUCUGUGUCCUUUUCCUCAUGUUUGGCUACAGAGGACGACUGCUGAUGUGUAAAAACGUGCAAGAGCAGCUGUCAACCCCGCAGAUCUCGAGAGGACCGAGAAACACCUCUGGCCCAGCUCUAAACGGGUCUACUAAAAGGGAAGACCCGGACGUCAAUGGGAAACCACUGGAUGUGAAUGAACUGGAGAGGUUGUUCCCAGCUUUGCCUUCCCAACCCAGUCCCCAGACAAAGGGAAUCACACUGGAUCCCAUUCCAAAUACUUCACCUAUUGAAAUCCAGAUGUCUACUCUUCCUCCGGAGGAGUUUAGCAUCCUGGAGGAAGAGAACAACACCUUUCCAAAUGUACCUUCUGGGCCCCGGGGCCCCUCUCCUCACCAUCCGCCAAGAAGAACCAGCUUUGAAGCAAGCGCCGACCAAUGA